AUCCGUUUCCUAUCUCGAGGCAUCUGCUACACACGAUUGUCGUUGUUACACGGCGCCAACUCGGCGACUUCCUUUUGAGAGUGCUGCCGGAACUGAUUGUUAGCGGAAAACUUGUCCCUAACAGCGACUCUGCGAGCUGGUGGCGUUGCAGUGAAUUGGCAGUCAGCGGGUAUACACAGUCUACUCCCACGUCAUCUGUAUAUACCUCUCUCAACGUCACUCACACCUACGCCUCUCUUCUAAUCACCUAUCUUGAGUGCUUCUUCAACCGAGACUUCCUUCCUUCCUAAGCAUAACCUUCUGCCACUCCUUCCACAACUCACAAUGGCCUUGAGAUCUUCUCUCGAGAACACUUUCUGAUCAUGUAUGUACACUAAUAUGUCCUCAUCAAUGCGCCACCAAUGUUGACAGAUCUUCUAGAUCUCACCAUGUGCGAUACACGCCUCCAGGCCAAGAAACGGACUGCAGGCCGCAACCAAGUCAUCGAGAAUAUCAAGAGCCACCAUAUCAUCUUCUCAGCGGUGGAGAUGACCACCAAGUCCAACACCCCCGAGCUCGACGAGGAUUUUAUUCCCACUGGAGUGUUUCGUCUAUUUGAUCUUCCUACCGAGCUCCAGAACAUGAUCUACACAUAUGCUGUCACCGAUCCUGACGACGUUAUCAUGCUCGACAACGCCAGAACUCCUCCCCUCGUCCGCGUCAACAGAUGUUUACGCAAUAUUGUUCUGCCAAUCUUCCUCGGCGUCAACACUUUCCGCUUAUGGACUGAAGAAGCCCCUACUGUCAUCAACCGCAGGGCCAAGGAAGCGAAGUUCAAGAUCCACUCGUCAGUCUUGGAGUGGCUGAGCCCCCUUGGUUACGAUACACCUCUUUUCAAGAAUCUGAUCGUUCACUUCGGCGUCGACGCUGAGAUUGAGCUCUCGAUCCAGUGCAUGCGCAAGCAGGGUGGAUUUACCGUCAACCAUGAGCUCAUCUGCAUCUACUGCACCAAGCUGUCCAAGAUGUACCCUGCUCUUCCUCACACAUUCUUGAAUGAUUUCCCCGUCAGCAGCGGUCUGCACCAUCUGAUUGAUCAGGCCGAACAGCGCGACGCUACCAUGAAGCUAGAGCACGACACCGCUGUCCGUGACCUGGAGGCAGCAAUCUUCGGCGAGCUGGGUGGCCUGAAGAAGGAUGCUCUGGCUAUCAGUAUGGCCAACAUCGAUGGCAUCGAGCGUGUCUACAGUGACGCCCACAUCACACUCGCUAUGAUGACCCAUGGUGUCAACAUGAAACGUCUCAGAGAGGCUCCUGUGGUCGUCGUGCUUGCGGACGAGAAGAAAUACCUCUUGCGUAGAGACCUUGCCACUUGAAGGGUUGCGGGUACCAGACGGAAGCACCGGUAGCAUUUGACUCCCAAAGGGAAGUCUGGACAGGGCUUUUAUUUCUUGCAUUGCGACCAAUGGCUGUUCAGCCCAGAUAUGGUCUUUGAAAUUGGGGCCUCUGAUGAUGCACAGGCAGGCCAUUCUCUUGACAUGUACUCUUAAGCAUCAUCUUGUGAUAUUUAUGGCGGAAACUUUGCUUUCUUGCCGUCUUUUCAAUCUUGGAAAUGAUAAUUAUCUUCCCAUCUCCCAAGCUCUCAACCACUGGAUCGUGGAGGAUUGGCUGCAGCAAGGCAACCUAAAGUGAUUUUGAGCAUCGAGAAGGUACGGAGGUCCACUGAGAUGAGCCAGCUCUCAUG